GAAACCAUCGCGAACCCGACGAUGUCGAGGGGAGGCAGAUUGGCGUUGGCCCUGGGUCUCGUCCUCUCGACCCUGGCGGCCCCGUGCUUCGCCGCUCUCCAGGUGGGAUACUACAAGAACAAGUGCGGCCUCGUAGAUGUUGAGUCCGUGGUCUCGACCAUCAUGGCCUCUCGGUUCGCCAAGGACCCGUCCAUCGUCGCCGCGCUGCUCCGCUUGCAGUUCCACGAUUGCUUCGUCAUGGGCUGUGAUGCAUCGAUCCUGAUAGAUGGGACCUCAGCCGAGAAAACCGCAGGGCCGAAUUUCAGCGUGAGGGGCUACGACAUUAUCGACGCAGUCAAGGCCGUGGUUGAGGCUAUUUGUCCGGGAGUCGUUUCUUGCGCCGACAUCAUCGUCAUGGCAACUCGGGAUGCUGUCGCUUUGGCCAAAGGAGGGAAGUAUAGUGUGCAAUCAGGAAGGCUUGAUGGCAAGGUAUCGCUAGCCCAAAAUGUGAAUCUCCCAGGUUCUUCCAUGACGGUUUCUCAGGCUGCUGCGGCCUUUGCUCAGAAGGGAUUUACUAUCUCGGACAUGGUCGUUCUUCUAGGUGGCCACACUGUCGGGGUUACGCACUGCUCUUUCAUCCAAGACCGGCUCUACAACUUCAACGGACUGGGGAAGCCCGACCCGACCAUGGAUCCCAAGCUCGUGGCCGCCCUCCGACUGAGGUGCCCGAAGUUCUCGACCGUCAACAACCCCGUGAACCUGGACCAGAACGCUUCGAGCGCCCUCAUCGUCGACAACUCCUUCUACAAGCAGAUAUUCCUCCGGAGAGGGAUUCUGCAGAUUGACCAGGAGCUGGCGGUGGACAAGCUGAGCAAGUCCCUGGCGAUGACGCUGGCCAAUGCGACCGACUUCUCCGCCCAGUUCGGCCGCGCCAUGGUCAAGCUGGGGACGCUCCAGGGCCGCCUGCCGGGCGAAGUCAGGAAAUCUUGCCGAGCCGUUAACAAACCCCGUUGAGUUGGUGUGUGCUCCGGCUGAUUAUUCGGUUUUGCACGCCGGCGCAUGAUUUUGACUUGGAUCGACGUUCUAUAGGAACAAGCGUCACGUCUCGAUCCCAUCAGUCGAUGACUUUUUUAUUUGUUGAUGAUGUGCAAUA